AUGAGCGCGGACAGAUGACCGAACGAAAACCGCACAAAGGCUGUGCAGAGCUGCUGGCGCGCCAAAUAUCCAUCACAACGUGUGAUCACCGUCAGCAUCUGCCGUACUACGCCAUUUCCUGGGCGCUCUCCUUUCGCUCGAGCUUGCAGUGAAGGUCACAGAGAUGGAGGGCGCUAUCCCCAAUCCCCCCAACGCAAGGAUUGCGGUGGUCACCGGCGGGAACAAAGGGAUCGGGCUGGAGGUGUGCCGGCAGCUCGCCGGCGCCGGCGUCACCGUCGUCUUGACGGCCAGGGACGAGACGAGGGGCGCAGCCGCCGUGGAGAAGCUCAGAGAAGCAGGGCUCUCCGAUGUCAUGUUCCAUCAGCUGGACAUCACCGACGCUCCGAGCAUCGCUCGGUUGGCUGAUUUCUUGAAGGCUCGUUUCGGGAAGCUUGACAUCCUUAUAAAUAAUGCUGCAAUCGUUGGUGUUGAGUACCUCCUAGAUCCUUUUGAUAGUUCACCGACCAGCGAGGAAAAGUUCAGUGGCAUGGAUAAGCGUCAGAGGAUUGAGUGGCUGACCAGUGUUGUCCGGGGGACCUACGACGCUGCCAGAGAAGGCUUGCAGACAAACUACUACGGUACCAAGCAUGUUAUCGAAGCCUUACUGCCGCUGCUGCAAGCCUCAUCCGAUGGGAGAAUCGUUAAUGUCUCAUCCGAAUGGGGGCUGCUAAGGCUAAUCAACAAUGAGGAGCUGAAGCAGGAGCUGAACGAUGUCGAGAAGCUCACCGAGGCGAGGCUGGACGAGGUGCUGGACACGUUCCUGAACGACUUCAAGGCCGGCGAGCUGGAGGCGCGCGGGUGGCCGGAGCAUUUCUCGGCGUACAAGGUGUCCAAGGUGACCAUGAACGCGUACUCGAGGAUCCUGGCGAGGCGGCACCCCGAGCUGCGCGUCAACUGCGCGCAUCCCGGCUACGUGAACACCGACAUGACCAUCCACUCCGGGCCCCUGACGCCCGAGGAAGGCGCCGCCAACGUGGUGAAGGUGGCGCUGCUGCCGGAAGCCGGGGUCACCGGCGCCUUCUUUGAAGACGGCGAGGAGGCGCCGUUCGUGUGACGCUCACACUGCACACCUACACGGGCACGGCCGAUCGGCAGUUCGGCACCGGCCCCGUUGUUCGCCGUCCUACUCCAACUGCCUGCUAUCAUCGUGCAACGGAAAUAAGCUGCUGGAUCUUUAGUUCCUCUCCAUGUCGAAGUCCAAAAUUGUUGGCACUUUAAUUUGUCGACGGAAGUGUACUUGUUACUUUGAAUUACUCCAGCUUAACUCAAGUAAACAAUUCACGGAAGAUGUGUUAGUUUUUUUUU